CGAGGAAAACGAUAAAAACGAAAGUACUGUACUUGGUGCAGUAUAUAAGCCUAAUAAGGAUACUUAUCAGCAUCAUGAGUGGAGGUUACAUCAUGAACCAACUGCGAGACGAAUUGAGUCGGCGUUGUGUGAUUGUAAGAGGCUUCCCUCCAUAUACUGUCCCCCAAAAUGUGGCUAGUCUAUUCCGCUGCCAGCGCACUCAACUUGCCAGUGAUGGAGCGACAUGGCUCGUUUUAUUUCAGAACCCACAGUAUGCAAAUUUGUGGGUGACAAAGUACAGGGUUUACAGUGUUGGGAAUUUGAAUUUAAACAUAACAGCCAGCACACCACAGGACAUCCCUGAUGCUUGGCUCCAGGAUGACCAAGGUGGAUCAGCUGGAGCACAAAUGCCAGGAUAUCCCUCAGCAGGUUUCCCUGGAUACCCGGGACAAGGAUACCCAGGGUUUAUGUCCCCUCCCACCCAACCCACCCAGAGGGACCAGCUGCAUGCCAAUCCAUAUACUCCGAACAUUUCUGGCCCUGGUCCACCGUUUCAAUAUCCUUCGUCUGCUGAUUGUAUGAAAACAGGUGGCAUGCCUACAAUGAGUGGACCACAAGUUGUAACUUCUGAUCCGGUAUCUCACAAAUCUUCCAUGGACCCAACAGUUUAUCAGAAUUUUCCUAGCAUGUCACAGCUGCCAACAAAUUAUCCUAGCAUGCCACAGUCCGAUAAUUUUCCUAGCAAGCCGCAGUCUGAUAAUUUUCCUAGCAUGCCGCAGUCUGAGAAUUAUCAUAGCAUGCCACCUUCCUAUGAAAGCCAUAAUUUCAAACCUAAAGUUCCCCCUCGGUUUUCCACCACUAAAUCACCAGAGGUUGUGCAGAGGGAGCCCAACACAGUGAAACAGCCGAGUGUAAUGGAGAGUAUAGAGCACAGCUCUGACUCAACUGCUGAAUCUCAACAAGCUGCAGAAAGCAAGUCGGCAGACUAUGACAGUAUCAGAGUCUCCUGUUUACCACGUGGGGUGUCGGAAGAAUUCAUCACAGAUUUUUUUGAAAAUGAAAAAAGAAGUGGUGGAGGAGAUGUGUCUGAUGUUAAAUAUGAUGAACAGAACAGCACAGCCAUUGUCACUUUUGAGGAUUCAGAUGUGGUGAAAAGUGUUUUGAAGAAACAUGAGACUUCAUCCUUGUUGAUGAACAAACAGCAGAUAGAAAUUGAAGAGUACCACCCUCCAGCAGAAAAUGAAAAUUUGGAUAUAUCUGAGGAGGUAGAAGAGCCUACAGCUGUCAAAGUCAUGAACUUACCCCUGAAGAUCAGUGAAGAACAACUGGAACUCUUUUUUGAAAAUCGUAAGAAGAGUGGAGGUGGAGAAGUGGAGAGAGUGGAGUAUGAUGUGGAUACAAACUCCGCUGUUGUUUGGUUUAAGGACACCAAUGACGUGGCAGGUGUUCUACAAAAGCAAGAGAAUGCGCCGCUUCUGAUAAACAAGCAGAAAGUAGAAGUUGAGGAAUAUCAGCCGUGCCAGAGGGACACUCUGAACAGCUCAGUGGAGGAGGACAGGGGCGGGGCACUUAAAGUCACUAAACUACCCCGCGGGACCUCAGAGGAACAAAUACUUCUAUUCUUUGAAAAUCGUAAGAAAAGUGGAGGUGGAGAUGUAGAGAAUGUGGACUAUGAUGAGGCUGCUGGCAGUGCUGUUGUAUGGUUUAAAGAUGCUGACGUUGUUUCAAGUGUACUCCAGAAAGCUCCUCUUCUGUUCAACAAAAAGCAAAUCCACGUGGAAGAAGUGCGUAUGGAUGGAGAAAAGAUGGAGAAAGAAGGGGAUGGAGAAGCAGAGGAUGAGGCUGCAGGACCGCGAUGUACGAUAGAGGUCAGAGGUAUGAAGGAGUCAACGUCCAAAGAUAGCGUAGAACUGUACUUCGACAAUAAGAGGAAGUCAGGUGGUGGAGAGGUGGAAGAGGUCAAAGGUGAAGUGGAGGAUGGAGUUCUGUAUGUUACUUUUGAAAAUGAAGAAACUGUUGAACGUGUUCUUAAACGUGAGCACAAGAUCGAUGGAACCACCUUGGAAGUGAAGCUUUACCAACCACCAAAGCCCCAACCAAUGUACCCAAAUAGGGUACUCAUCAAAGGCUUCAAACCAGAAACAACCAAAGAGGGACUUAUUAACUAUUUGGAGGCCAAAACUGGGGAAGAUGUUAUAGAUGUGGUUUAUGGGCAGGAAGAAGGAACUGCAAUUGUCACCUUUGAGGAAUUCAAAGAUUUUGGCAAAUUGGAGGCAGCAUGUCAAAAGAAACCCUUGGAAAAGAAAUAUCUGACCGUGAAAAAAGUCCCAAUUUCAAACUGCAUCCAUGUUUCUGGAUUCUCUGCUGGCACAUCAGAAGACACGCUGGAAUACUACUUUGACAAUGAGAAGCGAAGUGGUGGGGGCGGAGUCACAGACAUCAAAGUCAGCCAUGAUGAUAACAUGUGUUUAGUGUACUUUCAGGAUCAUGCAAUAUGUGACAGAGUUUGUCAGAAAAGUCACACAGUUGACAAGCAGAUGCUGACAGUACAUGUUUAUCACGAGUGUCUGGGACAGCCAUGUAAUCCAGAAGGGGGCCCCAAAUUCAAACCCCUGAAACCAGUGGUUGUGAGGGAACUAGAGCUGAGAAAAAUGAAGUUUGUCUAUACUUCUGAUGAAAUGAAAGAAGCUUUGAAUAAACAAGCAGAACUGACGCAUGGUAAAAUAAAAUGGCCCAAGAAAGCAAGCAUUGAAUUGACCGUGGAGUGCACUCUCACAAAGGAUGUGAAAGACUGUCGAAAACUGGCAAAGACUUGGGAGAAAAAUAUGACAGACGGAAUUCAUAGAAUGCUGGAAACUUUACAAGUGGAAGCCAUAUCUGUCCUGCAGGAAGUGUGGCAAAAGGUUUUGGAGGGAAUUAAAGAACUGAAUGUUCCUAAUCCCCAAAAAGUGGGAAUUGUAAUAGAGAAGGACAAGUCUACCAUUGUAAUUGUGGGCUUUAGAAAUAUGAUUGAUGGUGUUAAGAGAAAUGUAGAGCAGAUUACAGCGAGGGUGGCAGACGAGAUUGAGAAAAAGAAAAAGCAAGUAACAGAAAUGGUAACACUCAAGCACCAUCAGUUCCUGCUGCUUAGUUUUGAUCAUUUCAAAGAAGUAACAGAGAAGAAAUUCCCAGGAAUAAAAAUUACAACCAAUAUGAAGGACAAAAGCAUGACCUUUGAAGGUCAAUACUCAGAAGUGUGUCAGGCAAAGAUUUUGCUGUUUGAAAGAUGUCAACAGAUAUGUUCGAGUUCUGCCGGACAGUUCUCUAAGAACAGGCGAGAUUUCCUAAGCAGAAAGGAUGUAAAAUCUCGAAUAUCCAAGAUUCUAAAGGAAAAGGAGAAUAUGAGCUGUUUUGAUUUUCAGAAAGAUGAAGUGUUGCUGUAUGCAUUCUCAGAUGCUGAAGCAGUUGGAGCUGCACACCUGAUGAAGGACAGCAUUGUCGAGUCGCCCAUUGAUGUACAGCCAGAUUCUGCUUAUCUCCUUAACUCCGAAUCAUGGAGUAAACAUGUCAAAGUCACAGAGUCUUCCCAAAAUUUUGAGGGUCUUCUCCAGUUGAUUACUUUGUCGGAUGAAAGAAAGGUCAUUAUCUUAACAUUCAAUGAGUAUGUUGGUUUAGCUAGAGAACUGGUGGAGGACUUUCUUCAGUUGAACACAAUCAUGAGCGAUUCAAUGGAUAUUCCUCCAAGUUUUUGCAAAUUUUUGGAGCUCCAUCAGAAAGGCAAAUUUGAAGAGAUAAGUGAACGUCUGAAAGAACAGCAGGUUCAAAUUACCAAGAGUAAAACCAAAAUCACUAUCAAGGGAACCCGGGAAGGGCUGAAUCAAGCCAGGAAAAGCAUUGAUGACAUGUUGAAAAAGAUCCAAACAAAAAAACACACAAUGAAAAGACCAGGUAUUGCCAAACACUUGCAAAGUUCAAAUGGCAAAGCCAAGAUUGCUAAAGCUGAAAAAUCUCACAAAUGUUACAUCCAAAUUGGUGAGGAAAGUCGGGCCGAUUUGUCUAGUUCAUGGACCACAAGGUCAGGUCCAACACAGAGACAGGACUCGAGUGGAUUUGUAGCUGAGCACAAAACUAAGUCAGGUGUCAGUAUUAAAGUUCACUCGGGAGACUUGACCCUUCUCCCCGUGGAUGUGAUUGUGAAUGCUGCUAAUCCAGAUCUUCUCCAUCAGGGGGGACUUGCAGGAGUUCUGGUCAAGAAAGGUGGUGAUGAAAUCCAGAGAGAUUGUACAGACCACGUGAGACAGAAUGGAAAACUGAGCGAAGGAGAAACGUACUGUUCGACGUCAGGAAAAUUGUCUUGUAAAAUGAUCGUCCAUGCUUGUGGACCAACAUGGAAAGGUGGGAUGAAUCAAGAAAGCGAUCGCUUGACAGACUGUAUCGAAUCAGCAUUAAUAGAAACACAGAAAAGAGGUUGCAAGUCUAUCGCAAUUCCUGCACUGUGUACCGGAGUAUUUGGCUACCCAAUAAAGCAGGCUACAACUGUCAUUGUCAAAGCCUUGAAAUCAUGUCUGAAGAAUGAAAAACACCAGUCUAUCAAAGAAGUCGUAUUAUGUGAUGUUCGGAUCGAAACUGUUAAAUGCUUCACUGAGGCCUUGAAGCAAGAAUACAAAGGAAAAGUGACUGUCUUCAACAAAAAUGUGGUCGAAAGUGGGAUUGCACAGGGUUUUCAAUCAGAGAAAAAAGGGCCACCACCUCCACAAAAUGCAGAAUUUAAAGCAGGUCAUAUUUCUGUCAAAUUGAUCAAAGGUCAAAUAGCCAAGUCAAAGGCGGAUGUCAUUGUCAAUACAGCAUCAAAGGAUUUAAAUCUGAACCAGGGAGCAGUGUCAGCUUCCAUCUCCAAAAUGGGAGGUGACACCAUUCAACAGGAGUGUCAGUCUAAAUAUCCCAAUGGCUUAAAUACUGGAGAAAUCGCGGUCACUGGUGGAGGAAAUCUGACCUGUAAGGUUGUGUGUCAUGGGGCUCUUCCAGCUUGGGACAAGAAGGGGCAAUCAAAGGUUCUGCAGACAUUUAUAAAGGCCUGUCUAACAGAGACUCAAAACCAGAAGAUGACCAGCAUUGCCUUCCCUGCAAUGGGAACUGGUAACCUGGGUUACCCAAGAGACAUGGUAGCAGAGGAAAUGUGCAGCUGCAUCGUUAAUUUCUCCAAAGACAAUCCCAAAACCUGUGUGAAAAAUGUGUCCUUUGUGAUUUAUGAGAAAGAUAUUCCUACCAUUCAGGCUUUUGAAACAGAAAUGAGCAAAAGAGCCACAAAAAAUAAAAACCCAAAACCUAAAAAGCCAGGAAAACGCCAUGGUGAUGAUAGCCUAGUAAAAGAAGAAGAUGGGUUUGUAGUGAUACCAGAAGAAUUAGCAACAGGAGCUAGCAAUCAGAAGGAAGUUUCCGUAGAUAUAGGUCAGAUAAAGCUACGCAUGUAUCAGGGGGACAUUACUCUAGCUAAUGUGGAUGUCAUCAUCAAUGGCACGAACAAUGAAAUGGAUCUUAGUCUAGGUGGGAUUUCUAAGGCCAUAAAGUCCAAGUUAGGUGGAGAUCUUCAAAGACAGAUUGAAAUUCAAAAGGUGAAUAUGAAAAAGCAUGGUAUAGCUGUGACUGUCAAUGGAGAAAAGUCGAAGAUUCCAUCCAAGUUCAUCAUUCAUGUGGACCUUACUGGGGGCAAUUACAAAAGGAAAAUCAUGGAUGUUUUGAACAAAGUGGAAGAAAUGAGCCAGAAAACUGUUGCCCUGCCAGCCCUGGGGACAGGUCAAGGCUUUCACCAGCAGAAGAUAGAGGACUUUGCACAGGAGGUUUUUGGUGCAUUGAACAAAAUGUACUCAGACGUAAAGAGUCUUUCUGAAGUUCAUGUUAUUAUUUAUGAAUAUCAAAUGGCUCAAAAGUUCAUCAUAGCCAUGCAGAAAUGUUUUGAAUCACAAGGAGCUAAGCCCAAAGGACUCAUUGAAAGUAUCAAAAACUAUAUGUCAGGUGGAAAGUCUGAAAGCAAGGAUGGCGAUGGAGGAUGGAAUCCUGUUAUUGCUGAUAAACCUGAUGACCAGUCAUCAGUUACUAUUGUGGUGUAUGCUAAUAAUCAGGGAGACAUCACUGCAGGAAUUACAAAGCUUAAAGACUUACUGGAUGAAGACUUCAAUACAAAAGAAUUCAACGAUGACAUUAUCAGUCAUCUUUCUCCAGCUCAGGUGAAAGCUUUACAAAAUUUGAAAGAAAGAUUUGACAUAGAUGUCACCAUAGAUAAAGGUAAAAAAAUGGUGACCCUUCAUGGCACCAAGGAGGCAUUGCUGGAUGCUACGGAUCAUGUCCACAAUUUACUUCGGGAUGCUGAUCGCAAUAAACAAGCCAAACUGGAAGCUGAACUUGUCUCAGACAUUGUGCAGUGGUAUUUUGUUGACAAUGCUGAUGGCAAAAAUGAACUGGUGGAUUACCCAAAGAACAUAAACCUGCUCGUAGAAAAGGCUUACCGCAACAAACAGCCGGAUGUUAAGUUUACAGAUCAGGCAGGCACAGAAUAUACAAUCAACUUUAACAAUAUGGAAGAGUUCCCGAGUGAUGAUACUUCAGAUGUGACAACCGUGACCAGAAGAGACAAAAUCAAGGACUCCACGUUUGAACCUCCACCAGAAUGGACAGCGAUGACAGACAAUCUGGCCGUUAUUCAAGUUCCACAAGGAAAUGCAGAAUAUUCCAAUGUCAUAGACAGAUUCCAUGGGCAAGUUGGCAAAAGAAAUAUUGUGAAGUUGGAACGAAUACAGAAUAAGAUGCUGUACCAGCAGUAUGUUGCCAAAAAGAAGUUAAUGGAUUCUCAGAACCCGCCAUCCACACAGAACGAGAGAGAACUUUGGCAUGGAACAGCUCCAGAGGCAGUUAACAGCAUCAACAGUCUGGGCUUUAACAGGAGCUACUGUGGAAAAAAUGCCACAGCUUAUGGAGAGGGUGUUUACUUUGCUGUUGAUGCUGGAUACUCAGCUCAACCUACGUACUCCCGACCAGAUCCUAGUGGACACAAGAGAAUGUACUUAUGUAAAGUUCUAACUGGGGAAUACACCAGAGGACAAGGUGGAAUGAGAGUACCGCCAACCAAGCCUGGUCAACAGUCUCAUAUUUUGUAUGAUUCUGUUGUAAAUGAUGUCAACAAGCCCGCUAUGUACAUAAUUUUUAAUGACACUCAAGGCUAUCCAGCUUACCUUAUCACCUUUACGUAAUUACAUAUUCCAGAAACUAUGUACAUUAACCUUGUGUUGGACUAUAAGUGGCAUUGAUAUCAACCUGAAUUGUAGCUCAGUGGGUGAAUAACCUGGAUUAUAGCUCAGUGGGUAAAUAAUCUGGAUUAUAGCUCAGUGGGUAAAUAACCUUGCAGGGGUGUGAUUUUUCCUCUUUUCAGAGGAAAUCCUCUGAUUUGCUCAGUUUUCAAAAAAAAAGAAACACUCUGCAUUUGAUCUAAAGUGGCAGAAAAUGAUAUUUUUCUAGGUAGGGUGAGGUGUUUUCCUCCCUUUUUGACCAGUUUUCCUUUGAUUUCUGAGGAAUUCAGUCACAUCCCUGAACCUGAAUUAUUUUUAUUUAAACUAUUUUAUUCGUGACACUAAUAAUUUAAUUUUAUUUGUAACACACAUUACAUUGGCCGAACACGAUGAUAAAAUUUUGUUUAGAUUGUAUAAAUGUAACUUGGUAUGGGGACACACACCCUUGACAACCAAGACGGCACAACUUUUUCUUUUCUAAUUUUACAUUGCACUAUGGAGAAUUGUUACAUUGAUAGACAUUCAAACUAGGCCUAUGAAAUUGAAAAUCAAGGGAAUCAAAUGUACACAAUAAAAUGCUGUAUUGUCUGACAAUCCCACAUUGGGGGGGGGGGGGGGGGGGGGUGCUUGAUCCGCUUAUUGAAGCAUAAAAUGCAUCAUGAAUGUCAUUUGACAUAUGACGUCAACAAUGCUGCAUGCGCUAUGAUAAGUCAUUUGUAGUUUUGAAGAUUUUAUUAAAUCAAAAAUUGCAAAUUAUUUUGCAUUUUCUAGUGCAUGAUGCGACAUAUACAUGUAGCUAAACUAGCGUACGAAAUCUAUGAAACAAGCCUCCGUGGUAGGAAUGACUUCAGAGUUGAUCUUGCACUGCGAAGUAAACAUCAAGUCCACAUAACCUAUACAUAUGUAAUCUACGCAUAUCUUCUGUUAUCAAAAUUCGUUACAAACUCCACCAUACGUUAACAAAUUUGAUAAAUAAAGUAUAUGAUCUGAUAUGCGAAGAACCAAGAUGGCUUCCUCCACCACAUAGUCAGUAUGUUGCUAGUAAGCAAAUCCUUGCACAGUGCAAUCAAUUUCUAUUUACUGUUUACGAAAUAAUAUGAAAAAUGUUUUUAUCUUUUAGUGUUGAAAUUAAAUUAUAAGGAAUGAAUUGAUUUUGGACAGUUAAUCCUUUUUAUAAAUCACUUCUUAAAUAAGUGAAUGGGAUUGGGCAGCAGGCAUGGCCCGCCAUUUCAGUGGGUAAAUGCAGAGGUCCUGGGUUUGAUUCCUGGUCUAGCUCGUGGAAAAAAGUAACUGUGUUCAAGUAAGGAUUUUAUCAUGAGUACAAUUAAGAUCAACUGGUUUUGUUUGAUAACACGUUUAUGCCAGAAACACAUAUUUCAUACUUUAAAUGUCUGUAGCAAAUUUUAGGUGAAAACACCGAAAAGAAUAGAGGUGUGUUUUGAAGACUCACAAAGUCAAUAAUAUGUAUGACUGCAUAAUUGAGAAGGGCGUCAAAUUGUGAAAAAAGGCUUGUAGAAUGUUGUUCCUAAUAUGAAGAAUUUCUGACCCAGCUCAACCUACCUCAGAGGAGGAUUUGGAUGAUUACGUAUAUGGCAUUUCAUUAAUUUCAUUCCAAACGUAUUUAAUGUGGUGAAGACCAGGGAGAAACAAUAGACCAAGAUAUCAUAUUCACAUUCUGUUGCUUAAGGAAGUCGAGACAACUUGUGCAACAUGGGGUCUUGCGUUGUUCUGUAAUGUGAUGUGGUUUGUUAUCUGCGGUUUUCAAUGAAGGACAAGACAUGUUGAAUAAUUUCAUCCCAGCCAAGUAGCUAAAUUAAGACAGGGCAUCACAGUUACUCAUUAGAAUUUAUUUAUAAACUCAGAAUCGCAACUACUCAGUUGAUACUAUGAUCACAAUUCUCGUGCAAAUUCAUCAGGUAUAAAUCAUUAACAUCAAUACAAUAGCUAUCUUAUAGCUAAGAUUUAACUCUUCAUUUGUAAGGACCAGGCUACUGUAUCUAAAAUACUAUUUAAAGUGCAGUUACUUUUUUCCAUGAGAGUAUACUCUUUGAGCUGUGUAUCUUCAAUUAUCAAUAUACUGAUAUGCUGGGAAAUGCCGUAAGCUUUCUCCCAAUCAGUCAUUUGUAAUUUAUUGAUUACAUACUAAUGAAAAUGCAUAGUGGUUGUUUUAAAAAAAAAUUGUGCUUUGCGUGUAAGAUUUGUAUGUAAGAAAUUAUAAGGAUAUGUGUAGCUAUGAAAACUCAACCAAGCUUUUCAUUUAACUUCUGAAGGUCAAAUUAAAAAAAAAAUGUUGAAUCAGCAUUCAUUUUAUUUGUAUUUUCUUACUUUAUUGGAUUUUUCAGAGAGAGAGAGAGAGAGCAAUGAAUUUUGUUAUCAAUUAGUUGCAAAUUCUUUUGACCAAAAUAACCAAUUGUUAAAAAAUUAUUCUGAAUAAAGAUAUUGAAUUACCACUUCAAA